UAAAUACAAAUAAAAGUGAGACAGGUGGGGAGUGGGGACACAUGAAAAAGAGAAAUAUAUCACAAGAAAGAAAGUGAAAAGAGACGAAAAUACUUUGUCUUGUCGUAAAGUCAAAGCAAAAGUUUGGCCCAAUUCCAAAAAGCCGAACACACAUUACCUAUAAAUAAUAGCUCUGUGGAACCAGAACCACAACCCUAAACAAAGAAAAAAAAAAGACAACACAACACAACACACACACACUCACAUUAUAUAUAUAUAUAUAGUCACAUGAUUACAUUUUAACACCAAAAAAAAAAAAAAAAUGGACCAACCAACAACAAUCAUAAUAAGUUUGUCUAAUUUUCAACUUUUCACAAAAUCAUCUCUUAUUAUUAUCAUAAUUCUUAUUCAUUCUAUGACCAAUGUUACAACAACUCAGGCUCAGCUCAACAACUACAAGUUCCCGGCAAACGACACCAAUAUCCUACCGCCGACCGUGUCGUUUCCCUUCCCCAAGUUACACAUUUACGAUAAAUAUGUGGAGAUGGACAACGGCAUACUACAAGUAACGCUGUUAAAACCGGCGGGAUCAGUCACCGGAAUAAAAUAUAACGGCGUCGAUAACUUGCUUGAAGCUCUUAACGGUGAAUUUAACAGAGGGUACUGGGAUCUUGUGUGGAUUGGGAAUGGAAGUAAAGGAAAAAAGGGUUCACUUGACAGGCUUGAAGCGACAGAUUUUAGUGUAAUAUUAGAAAAUGAAGAACAAAUAGAGAUUUCAUUCACAAGAACUUGGAAUUUCUCACUCCAAGGCAAGGUCGUUCCUUUAAACAUAGACAAAAGAUAUAUAAUGCUUCGGGGUUCGUGUGGGUUCUAUUCGUAUGGGAUAUACGAACACUUAGAAGGAUGGCCUGCUUUCAAUCUCACCAAUACAAGAAUGGCCUUUAAGCUGAGAAAAGACAAGUUUGAGUACAUGGCUAUGGCAGACAACAGGCAAAGAUUUAUGCCUCUUCCUGAUGAUAGGGAGCCAGAAAGAGGUCAAGUUUUGGCUUACCCUGAAGCUGUCAAACUUAUCAACCCUGUGGAGCCACAAUUCACAGGAGAAGUGGACGACAAGUAUGAAUAUUCAUGUGAGAACAAAGACAACCGGGUACAUGGAUGGAUAUCCAAUGAUCCACCCAUUGGGUUUUGGCAAAUCACUCCCAAUGACGAGUUCCGCUCCGGUGGGCCCCAAAAACAGUGUCUCACCUCUCAUGUGGGCCCCACCAAUCUUGCUAUAUUUCACAGCACCCAUUAUUCAGGAGAGGAUUUGAUAAUGAAAUUUGGAGAAAAGGAGGGUUGGAAGAAAGUGUACGGCCCCAUUUUUAUUUAUCUUAAUUCCUUAUCAGAUAACUUAGCUAACCCAUUUACUCAGCUCUGGGAGGACGCUAAACAACAGAUGAAAGUUGAAGUUCAAAAAUGGCCAUAUGAUUUUGCACAGUCAGAGGACUUUCCUUCAUCACAGCAACGUGGCAACUUAAGUGGGAGAUUAGUAAUAUAUGACAGAUACGUUAGCGAAGAGAGGAUAUGUGCAAAUGGUGCUUUCGUGGGGUUGGCAGCGCCAGGGGAUGUGGGAUCUUGGCAAAGAGAGAGUAAGGGUUAUCAAUUUUGGAGCAAAACAGACAAGGACGGCUAUUUUUCAAUCAAUGAUAUAAGAGUGGGUAACUAUAAUAUAUAUGCAUGGGUUCCUGGGUUUAUUGGUGAUUACCGAUAUGAUGGUGUUAUUACAAUCACAACAGAUUGUUAUAAAGAGAUGGGACAACUUGUUUAUAUGCCCCCAAGAAGUGGAGCAACAUUGUGGGAAAUUGGGAUUCCUGAUCGCUCUGCUGCAGAGUUUUAUGUUCCUGAUCCUAAUCCUGAUUAUGUAAACAAACUCUAUGUCAAUCACCCUGACAAGUUUAGGCAAUAUGGACUUUGGGAAAGAUAUGCUGAGUUAUAUCCUGAUGAAGACUUGAUUUACACUGUUGGGGUUAAUGACUACAGUAAAGAUUGGUUUUUUGCUCAAGUCACCAGAAAAAUCGAUGAUAACACAUAUAAAGAUAGUACAUGGCAAAUAAGAUUCUGGCUUGAAUUGAGGGAUGUGACCCAAAUCUAUACACUGCGUAUUGCCCUUGCCACUGCACACAUUUCCGAAUUACAGGUUAGGGUAAAUGAGGGUGGAGCAAAUAUUCCCUUAUUCAGGAGUGGAGUAAUAGGAAAAGACAACACUAUAGCAAGACAUGGAAUUCAUGGGCUUUAUUGGGUGUUCAACAUAGACAUUCCAGGCUCACAACUUUUCCAAGGAAAUAAUACUUUUUUUCUUACAAGAACAAAUAGCACCACCCCAUUCCAAGGGAUCAUGUAUGACUAUAUUCGUCUAGAGGCUCCACCUGAUUUCACACACUAAAUAGUAAUAUACUCUCUUUGUUAUUAUGUCAUUAGUUGUAAUAUUUUGGUGUACAUAUGUUUCACUCUUAUUGAAUUGAUAGAGGAUUUAAAAUUCUCACCCAUUUGGUCA